UGUGCGCUCACUUCUCCCCGACACUUUCCUCUCUGCUCCUCUCACCACAACUGUGUCGUAUACCUUCACUCUUCCUUCAACCCAAACAUGAGCUGGAUCUGUUUCCCUUUUAUUCACUUGGCCGCGUUUGCGUUAUUUCCAAAUCACCUCUGUCUUUGUUCGGAUAUGCUUUUAAAUAUUAACAAGUUAUCAUGUCAUCACUGACUGGAAGAGGAGAGAGAUUUCCCGGCUUGAUUAGAGGCACAGCUUGGGACACACAGGCGCAGCAUCACGGUGACUUUUCCACUCUCCGCCCGGCUCCCGAGGGCUCCAGAGACGACACACUUCGGAAUACAAUGUGCCAGAGAUCGUCCUACAAGUCCCUGCCUGGAUACGGAGUCGUGGAGCGCGCAUCCAAUAUGUCAUAUGGUACCGGGACACUAUGUCGGAGCACUGUAUCGGCGCUGACCGGUCUCGGGCGGGCCGAACAGAAAGUUACCUGUUGUGAGAAGUGUUCCACCACGUUACUGGGACUGAAGAAACAAGCCCUCAGUCUGGCAGUGCAUCAACAGUUUUCAUGCAAGGACUCCAGUGAUCUCUCAUCUUUUCUUCAUGACAACCUGCGUGUCCACAGUCGUCCUACAGAUUCUUGGGAACAUGGCGAAUGCAGCACCUGUGGCACUAGUGUCAAUGAACUUAAACAGGAAGCCGUCUUUCUGGCUCUUAACCGGGGUCAGGUACCAACUCGCCCCCCCUUUGAACCUUCUUUUGGACCGACCUUCACCUCUUUACGGGGACAACUGGACUCCACAUUGACCCGAUAUGAGGACCGACCAUCCAGAGACUUCAACAGGACAUUACAGCAUUUUCGAAGCAGAACCCAUAGCCCUCUCCGCAAUCAGUGCAGCCCCCAGAACACCAGAGCGCCCUCCAGCCCCAAAACCCCACAGCGGACGCCCCAAACGCUGAGGAGGAGGGGUGCCAAGUCCCCUCACCGUGACAUGGACCGCUGGGUGGAGGAGCAGAAGCAGCUGGCGUCUUCUAAAUCAACUCUCCCACGUGCUCGCCAUCAGACUGCAGAUAAGUCAAGUGGUGAUGCCGGGGCGGUGCAGAUAAACUCCAAACUGCCUCAUAUUACAAGAGUGGUGACCAUAGCCAAUACGGCAGCCAUGUCCUUCUUGGCUAAAGCGGCAGAAAAGCUCAAUCUGACACUAAGGAAAAAAGGCCAUGCGUCCGACUCGGCUCCUGCUCAGUUCUCCACCUGCUUCAGGGACGUGAUCCAGAAAAACCCUCCCGCGGCCCCCACCUGCCUGCUGCAAGCUGCCACCAGAACCAAAGACUCACCCAGUGUUGGCAAGGUGAGAGUGGUGCUGCGUGUAAAUCCAGAUCUAUCCCAGAGUCCUGGUCCUCCUUCAGUGCUCCAGGUCGACUCAUCCCGGAGAAGAGUCACAGUGAUGGAGCCGUUCUACAAAGGCCACCCCUACAGCACCCUGACACUGGGCCGCGACAAGAGCCUCAUUAAAACAUUCAACUUUGACGCCACAUACCCACAGCACGCCAGCCAGGCCGAUCUCUGCGCCGGAGUUUUGCCUGACGUCAUCCGCUGUGUAUUGAGUGGAAGUGAUGGCUGUGUGCUGGCUCUGGGCUGCUCGGAUGUGGGCUCUUGGUCCAGUAUGGUGGGCAGUGAUGACAGCACACAGAAGCUGGGGCUCAUUCCUUGCGCCAUCUCGUGGCUGUUCAGUGCCAUUGAGCGGCGCAGAGAGAAAACCUGGACUGAUUUGAGUGUUUCGGUGUCCGCCUUAGAGCUGUGCUGUGGAGAGGAGGACACGCUCAGGGACCUGCUGGGAGAGAUGCUACCAACAGGGGGCAGUAUACAGGACAGUCAAACAGCGCACAUAAAACUGCAAGAGGACCCUGUGUGCGGAGUGCAGGUGCGCAACCAUAACCGGGUGAAGGCGCCCACAGCAGAACGUGCGGCCUCUCUGUUGGACGCUGCCAUCACAGCUCGACGGCACACAGACUUUGUCACGUAUCUGUCCCACAGCUCCAUCAUGUUCUUCACUCUACAUGUCCAGCCCCCACGCACCGAGACCAGCACUCUUGGAAAAGGUUCUCGUGGACCUACUAAACUGACCCUGAUAGACGUGUGCCGGGGGAUGAGGUUUAGCAAAAACAGAUACCCAUACACUGAAGUGAGUCCGAUAGUGCUGUCUCUGCUCAACGGACAGAGGACAAUCCCCAACAAGAGCAGUAAGCUGUCCCUGCUCCUCCGAGAGUCUCUGGGUCACGUAAACUGCCACACUGUAGUUGUGGCUCAAGUGUCGGAUUCAAUGGCUCUUCUGGAUGAGACUUUGUCCACCAUUCAAACCGCUGCAAAAAUACGGAGAACACAGAGGAGAGAGAAGUCUGGGUCUUGCUCACCACACGCCCGAAGUCUGACGAGAGAAAAGAAAGCCCCUAAAACUCUGUCGCUUCGAGCAUUCCACUCUACAGAGGAAGUGGACUCUGACGUGCGCCCUCUCCGUUUCCGUGGGCGACUCCAUGACGACCAAUCGGGCAGCGAGCAAUCCUGUGACACCGUCAUUCAAAUCGAUUCACGGGGGCUAGUCCAAGCUAAUGCUACCCCACGAGUCAACCAGCCAGAAUUUGUGCCUAUUAUUCCAUCUUUACACCCGAGUAAAACUGAUAUAGACGACCCAGAGUUUACAGCUUUGCUCAAAGAACUUCUCAAAAUCCCACAGCUCCAUGGCGACAAGAAAAAACAGGAAGCUGUGAUUGAAACACUUAAAUGUGACACGUUUGCCGAACUUCAAGAGCGGUUGGGAUGCAUUGACGGGAGUGAGUUGACGGCAGAAACUUUAAAACUUGUACAAAAUGCGGUAAAGUUAGAGCCAGUGAAAAAUAAUGUGCAUAUUAAUGUAUCAAAGGCAGCGUUAUUGAAUCAAAACUCCCAUCAGAAGCCUGGUGGAGAAGCUGAUGCUGCUUUCAAUGGAGAUAGCUUUCAAAGAGAGGACUCAGGCUUGUAUGACUGCGAAGAGUGUAGUGCUGCAAGUUCAGGUGAAGAACUGCUCAACCAAACAUUGACCCGAAAUGCAACUCGCCGCUCAGAAAAUCACAAAAACAACAAGAAAACAGAAGGUCCUAGUGUUGCAAAUCAAUCCAAAGAUACUCAAGAUGGCGUUGAAGGUUGCGAGUGGUUCAAACCAGACAAACGAGCAUCGCCAAUCGGCAAAAGUAACUCACCAUCGACGUCAUGUCCCAAUUCACAAACUGCAAGCGUGGUCUUAGGGGAUGUUUUGUCAAAUGUACCUUCAACAGAAAGUAAAGAAAUGAAAGCAACUAUUACAGUAACCGUCAAACAACCGCUCGAUCAGAAAGGACAGGAUGAAAUUGUGUUCUCGAUGGUAGAAGAGGUGACAAUUAGUGGGGGUAUGAGUAGCGUGAGCACGACUGGGAAUAUUAUUUGCUUUCAAAAUGCCUCACAGAACGGACAACAUGGCGGCGGCGGUUCACAGCCAAUAAGAAUAAUUAGCAAUGUGAUGGGGGAUGACGCUAGCGCUACAUCAGAAGCUACUCCAAAAGAAAUUGUAAGGCCAGAAAAAGGGUCGCUACCUUCAUUUAUAAACCCCAUGUUAAUGAAUGCAGACACUGAGGAGGAAUCAGAAUGUGCCGAUAAGAAAAAAGAGAAACAUUCAAAUGGGACAAAAUUGGAGAGAGAUAUUAAGAAGAAAGAGGUCAAAUGUAAGGAGCAUAGUAAGCCCCUAGAGGCAAAAAGUAGUAGCGGUGUAAAGGACGAUUCAAAAAUAAACACAACAGACAACAAAACAUGUACCAAAAUGCCUAAAAGUCCAGAGAAAAGCCAACCAACAGAUGUAGACAAUGUUUGUGCCAAUAAUUCUCCAAAGACUUCCCAGCUUCUGUGCCCUGUUGAUGAAAUAACUCCCAAGAGAACUGUAGUAGCACCUGGUUGUCAAGGAACUACCACCUCCGUUGUCUUGAAAUCAGGAACUUUGCCCAAGGCUUGGCAAGAUUCCAAAGUCUUAUCCAAUGACAGUCAACUAACUAACCGCAAAGACCCACGAGAGAUGACAUCAUCCACACCCGGGAGCCCUAAGGUGACAUUAGAUAAGUGGGAGGGUCGGCAGUAUUCUCACACAAAUCAAGAUGCAAGUUUCACUCCUAAAAAAACACUGCCAUCUCUGUUUGAAAGUGGUAGGUCCAAGUCGCCUUUUGAUGACACUAGCAGACUGUUUAGUGUCAAACUAGAGCAGCUAGUUAGCCGUACAAAUUCUCUUGAACGCAACCCUAGAGAUUUUCCAAUUUUUGAGCAUGGCAGUAGCAGUACCACGUCAGUAAGCUCCAAGUCUAGUUCAGAUUGUGCAGGUAAAAGUUAUUGCGUUUACAGUGAAGGCGACUACACUUUACCAAGAACUAGCAGGACCUCAAAGAAGAACGCUAAGAUAGAUCAAAACUAUGCAACUGUUGAGUAUGGAAAGCAGUCUAAACUUUCGGCUAAAGAUAAGCUAAAGAUCGCUAGCCCUAAAGUUCGUCGACAAUCUGCCCCUACCAUCAAGAACAUGAGUUUACCACAUAAAAACUUUCACCAAUCCUCAAUCAACCGCAGCGCUAGCCUUUCCCCAGAUGGGAAAACUGUUAGCUUUGAGCGCAUGUCAACUUUUUUAUCAUCUUCUCCUCCAAGGUCUCACCAAUCUCUAAGCAGGACGCCAAGCCAAAGUUCAACAUGUUCCUCUAGUAAAUCUGCCAUCCAAGGAUUUGUCACUGGUGCAAUAUCAGAUCUGCUAAAAGAUCGUUCAGGAAGUCCAAGUUCUCUGGAUCAAAUGGGCGCCAUCCCAUCACCGUACAGCCAAGUCACCGCGCCUCGCCUUCCAAGUCCAAAUGGCUACGCUAGCGAUACGACCAGUGUGCUAAGUGGAGAUCUGCCUCCUGCUAUGGGGAAGACAUCACUGUAUUUCUCCAACAGGAAUAGCACAGUGAGCAGCGGAUAUGGAAGUAUGCUCCGGGAGAGGGACAGUGAAGCCAGUGACAGGAGCGCAUCAGGGCUCAGUGCUGGGCGCAACGGGAGGUCCUCCAAAAAGAGAGGCACAACAGGGGUACAUCAGCGUCGCCAACAUGAGUCAACUCAGUCGCUGAAGCGGUCGACCAACGGCGCGCGGUCUCGAUUCGUGGAGCAUGAAAUCCCAGAAGCCUAUGAAAUAAAGGUCUAUGAUAUCGACAAGCGAACGCAGAAAAGAUCCGGCACCAGUGUUUUUCAAUGCCAGGCUGAGGUUUUUGGGGCAUCAUCAGAGGAGGAUCUCAGAGGUGCAGUAUCACAGCGACCACAUGGGGGAGCCAGAGGAGGCCAAACUCUACAACAUAUCACAGCUCACCAUGUAGAACCAAGAGGAGGAGCUUUCACAGACCUUCGUGGACACAGAGGCUCUUAAACUGGAAACUGAAGCCAUGAUGUUGAGCUCCAUCACCGCUGCUGCCACUAGAGGGCGCUCUACUGAAACAAAUACACUGAAAGACUAUUUGAGCUAAUGGCGAGAUAAUUGCUUUGAUGUACAGUUGAUUUUAUUGUUUACUGAGAAAAAUGAAUGCACUUUUCACUUUAUUUUGUAUAUCAUUAGUUUUCACCUGCUUCACGGUUCCGGUGCUACUGCUUAUCGACUUUCUA